AUGCCGCUGGUCAAGCGAAAGCCCGUCGAGCCCUUUCCCCCGCCCGUCGCGACAGGCGCUGACGACCCCGAUGUCUUCUAUCUCGCAGCCACUGGUGAGGUCUUCGCCGACUUUGAGACUUACUCGAACAGGCUCUCUUUUUACAACCAAAAGAUCUUUCAGUGCGAGUUGACCGGAAGAAUCAACCUAUCCUACUUUGAGGCGCUCAAGAGCGAGCGCAAGGAAGCCAUCGCUCUGCACAAGAUCUUUCCCGAGCAACUCAAGGGCCCUGUCCUCAAGUCGGUCCAGUUCCAGAUUACGGGUCGUAUUGACGAGCUCGUCGACCGCGUCUACGAUCGCUUCAAGGAUCGCUUCUUUCCGGGCGAGACCGUAUUCUUCGACCUCGAUGGCGACAAAUACUACGCUCGCUUGAGCAAGGCUGAUGCACCGGCCAAGCCAGCUUCCGCUCCCAACACCGACCAUGUCGACACGGACGUCAAGCCAGAGCCAAACGGUCAUGCCGAGUCUUCGCGCUCAUCAUCUCCCGCUUCACCAUCGCCAACCCAGAUCCACACGAUCGGCACCAACCUGACGCUCGAGCUUGAGGAAGCCACCCAGCUCGAUGACCCGACCAAGUACGUCUACACUGUGGAUCUCAUCGACGACGAAGAUGAGCCGGCUGGCGGCACCUACGUUACCUCGUCCGCGAAACUCAGCCGCGAUCGCCUUGCCUUCUCCAAAACCAUUUUGCGAAAGUACCUUCGCGACUGCAUCACCCGUGCAGCCAACAUCGGUGCUGAAUGGCGAGUCAAGGAAUGGCUCGCACUCAAGUAUGGCAUUCCCCUCGAGCCCACCGACGAGAUCUCGCAAAUCAACGAAGCACUCAAGGACGCAAAGCUGUCUAAGCGCAAGAAGUACCUCCUGACCGACGGAGAGGAUUCAUCGACUUCGACGAGCAAAAAGGCCAGAUCAGACGGCAAGAAGCUCAGUGCUUCCGCACAGCGAAAAGCCGACGAAGCGGAGAAAGCCGCCAUCGAGAAGGCGAAGGAGGAAGAGAGGCUUCGUAAGAAGAAUCUAAAGUACCCCAUCGAGGACCUUGAGCUAGAUCCGAUCACAAAGCGUGAAUUGAUGUUCAAGAUGCCAGGCGAGCUCGACCGACGCAAGGAGCGUCCUCUUCCUGCUCGCGGUGACCACGCACUGCCAGUGCCCUCGGAGCUCUUUGAGGUGUUCCUCGGCACCUACUUUUUCCUCAUAUCCAAGGGAAAGCCGCUCUCGCUUUCGUCCUUCACCAUGGACGAGUACGAGCAGGCGCUGCAGCACAAGUUCUCAGAUCCAUCCUGCACGCUCAUCAACGAGAUCCACCGCACGCUCAUCAACCUGAUUGUGCGCGAUGGCGGCUCGAGCCUGGUCACCAGCGCCUCGGCGCUUGCUGCCAGUCUUGAUGCAGCCGCUUCAGCUCCCGCAAGUGUCAAUGGCGAUGCUGACGACGAUGCCGCAAGCGAAGCUGCCUCGGACGUCGACGAGCUCGAGACCACUCCCAAUGGCGUUCACGCUAAUGGCAACGGCAAUGGCACCACAGCCGCCGCCAACAACAACAACAACGCCGAAUCCGAAGCCAUUGCCAGUCUUUUGGAGGCUGCACGCGAGCUCAGCAAAGGUUGGGAAAAGCUCACCAUCCGCCCUGACAACCGUCGCGAACGGUGGGAGAACAGCUUGAUCGGCCUCAUCGCCGCCCGUGCCACACCGGACGUGCUACCUCGCAUGAUUGGCAUCUUGUCUCACCUCACCGCAGUCGAGCACGCACAAGGCUACAUUGACGGCAAGUUCGAAGCCGAUCUGUACGACACGCCCGUGCAGAGGUAUCCGCUGUUGAGCCUUGCGGAUAAGCUGCAGAUAAUCGACUUCCUGUGCAUGCUCGCCGUUGAGACCAAGCCGGUCAAAGCGUUUUACGAUGACUGCGAAGCACAACUCACCGAGCUCAGGAAGGAAAAGAUCGAGGUGAGCCGAGCCAAGAAGGAUCUUGCCACCAAGUGGGAAGAGUUCGAGGGCAACAAGAAGGAUGAAGAGAAGGACGGCGAAGCGGAAGGCGAGGAAGGAGACGAAGAGGAAGGAGAGGACGAUGGAGAAGAGGAGGAAGAAGAGGAAGAGGAAGACGAACUUGCCUCGGACUCCGACACGCGCUCGACACGGGAAGACUCGUCCUUCUCCGACAGCGGGCGUGUUCGUGGCGGCGGGGGAUCGCGUCAAGAGAUCCUGCGUCAGAAAGCACUGGAAAAGCAAGCACAGGAAGCAGCACGUCGUGUCGAGGAAGCCAAAGCGCGCGAGGCGCACAAAGCCAAGCUGGCCGAAAACAAGAUCCUCACUGCGCAGCGCAAAAAGCUCGAAGACGAGGAGAACAGACUCAUGAAAAAGGACGAGACGAUCGAUCGAGAGUUCCGCCGGCUCAUCCUGGCUUCGCGCAUGGUGCCCAUCGGCAGGGACAGGUUCGGCGACAAGUACUGGUGGUUCGACGGCGUCGGUUCGUGUUCCCUCGUGACCGGGCCGGGGUCUGAGAAGCACACCUAUCAAACAGGCCGGCUGUUCAUUCAAGGCGCCACGGAGGACGAGGUAUCCCUCCUGAUUCCCGACCCGCCCUCGACCCCAAUCAAAGCCUCCCCCUACGCGCACCUCUUCCAUCAGCCCAUCACCGCAUCGCUCGUCACGACGCGCAAAGCCGCCGAGCUCGGCGGCGACGAAGGCACCCUCCUCCCCGGCGAGUGGGCGAGCUACAGCGAGCCCGAGCGCAUCGAACAGCUUUUCGCCUGGUUGCGCCCCAAGGGCCACCGCGAGCACCAGCUCAAGCAGCAGCUCGCCAAGCUCAAGUGGUACAUCGAGAACGGUAUGAAGAAGCGCAAUGCCGAUCUGACGGCGCACUUGCGCGACAAUUUCGCCGAUGCUGUCAGGCGCUCUGCGCGGGCGACCAAGGGCGAGAGCUCGGCCAGUGGGUUGGCGUACAUGUCGUGGAAGAAUACGCUGGACAGGGCUAAGUAG